AUGUGGCAUUUCAACAAUAACGAAGAUGAAAGUUAUGCAAACGACAGACUUCGAAAACUGACACCUUUAGUGAACAAAUUAUUGGAUAGAUUUCAAAUGAUCAUCAAACCAGGGUCUGAUGUAUGCAUUGAUGAAACCCUCGUCCCAUUCCGUGGUCGCCUUAGAUUCAGGCAAUAUAUAAAAAAUAAGAAAAAUAAAUUUGGAAUAAAAUUGUAUAAGUUAUGUACUACCGGACGUUAUACAUUUAAUUUGAAAAUAUACUGUGGACUUGAUAACUCAGGUGGAGGCAAUGCAUCAUCUAACGUUGUUAUGUCUUUGAUGAGUGAGCUUUUAGACACUGGACGGAUACUUUACACUGACAAUUAUUAUACCAGUGUUUCAUUGGCUACCCAAUUGUUACAAAGAAAAACGCAUCUCGUAGGAGCAGUGAGGUCCAAUAGAAAAGGAAACCCAAAAGAAGUAUUGAAUAAAAAAUUGAAAAAACAUGAAGUAAUGGGUCAGGAGAGUGGUACCGGCAUUGUAAUGCUCAAAUGGAAAGAUACUCGUGAUGUGUUACUAUUGACCACAGUACACACUGAUGAAAUCAUCAGCGUGGAAAAGAAAUUGAAAAACCGCAAGCUAUAG